UUGUUGCUUUUCCUCACUGAUACACCAAACCCCGAACACGAAAAAGGCGUAUUUUAAGCUUGGAACGAAUAAAACUGCCUAACAUGCGCCCACAGUUCACAUCACCUGACGCCCAUAGUUCUUCUCCUGCCUUUUCUUCUUCUUCUUCUUCAAGCAGCAGUGAUCGGAGGAUCAACGCUCUCGUGCGUCACCUUGAUUCGUCUGCCAUGGAUCCUAACAACAACAGCUCAAUCUCUGCUUCGCCAACUUCGGCACAUGCCAAUUCUGUCUUCGCUCACGUCGUUCGCGCCCCUGAGGAUCCAAUCCUCGGGGUGACUGUUGCAUACAACAAAGAUCCGAGCCCGGCUAAGUUGAAUUUGGGUGUUGGUGCUUAUCGAACUGAGGAAGGAAAACCACUUGUUCUGAAUGUAGUGAGGAAAGCAGAACAGCUGCUUGUUAAUGACAGGUCUCGCGUUAAGGAAUAUCUGCCUAUUGUUGGACUGGCAGAUUUCAAUAAACUGAGUGCUAAGCUGAUUCUUGGUGCUGACAGUCCUCCUAUUCAAGAGAACCGGAUUACUACCGUCCAAUGUCUGUCAGGAACUGGCUCAUUGAGAGUUGGAGGUGAAUUUUUGGCAAAGCAUUAUCAUGAACGCACAAUAUACAUACCCCAGCCAACAUGGGGAAACCACACAAAAGUUUUCACUCUGGCAGGGUUGUCUGUGAAAAGUUACCGAUAUUAUGAUCCAGCAACGCGUGGCCUCAACUUCCAAGGCCUCUUGGAAGACCUUCGUUCUGCCCCAGCUGGAGCAAUUGUACUUCUCCAUGCAUGUGCUCAUAACCCCACUGGUGUUGAUCCAACCCUUGAUCAGUGGGAGCAGAUCAGACAGCUUGUGAGAUCAAGAGGAUUAUUACCAUUCUUUGACAGUGCUUAUCAGGGUUUUGCUAGUGGAAGUUUGGAUGCAGAUGCAGCGUCUGUUCGUAGGUUUGCUGCUGAUGGUGGAGAGUGCCUCAUAGCUCAAAGUUACGCGAAAAACAUGGGGCUCUAUGGAGAACGUGUUGGUGCCCUAAGCAUUGUCUGCAAGACUGCUGAUGUUGCAAGUAAGGUUGAGAGCCAACUGAAGCUUGUGAUCAGGCCCAUGUAUUCAAACCCACCCAUUCACGGUGCAUCUAUUGUAGCCACCAUUCUCAAGGAUAGGGACUUGUUCAACGAAUGGACAAUUGAGUUGAAGGCAAUGGCUGACCGUAUCAUCAGCAUGCGACAUCAACUGUUUGAAUCCUUGCGUGCCAAGGGCACACCUGGUGACUGGAGCCACAUCAUCAAGCAGAUUGGAAUGUUUACCUUCACAGGAUUGAACUCCGAGCAGGUUGCUUUCAUGACUAAAGAGUACCAUAUCUACAUGACAUCUGAUGGGAGGAUUAGCAUGGCUGGUCUGAGUUCGAGGACCGUCCCCCAUCUUACAGAGGCAAUACAUGCAGCUGUUACUCGCGUUGCCUAAAAUCAUGUUUCCAGGGCAACAUUUUUCGUUUUUUGUGAGCCAAAUCCAUAUCGAACUCUACCCUUUCCAGAUUUUUUGUUGUAAUAAUUGUUUACCUCAUUAAAUGAGGUUAAAGAUUUGGCGAGUACGAAGUGAGCGAUCUAGAGAUGCGCUGUACCCUACCCAGGGUCUUUUUCACAGGGUUUGUGAGUUUUUGUUUCAACCUGCUACCUUACAAUAUACAUAUGCAUCUUCUUUAUCCC